UAGUAGUAACUGAAUAAAAUGGCGGGAGUUUUGCUUAAACUUGUCCUUUUUGGUAUCAUAUGUCAGAUACAUCUGACUAUUAUAGCGUCUUAUGAACAAAGUGCACCCAUAGUAUCUGGAAAGAAGGCAGCACGGGGUCAAUUUCCCUGGCAUGUUAUCAUAUGGGUAGAUGAAGAGGAUGAUGAUGUCGACACUUGUGGCGGUUCUAUUAUAUCUAAUAUAUGGAUUUUAACAGCUGCACAUUGUCUAGAUGGUGAAAAUUAUGCUGCACUAAUAUUUGGCACCAUAGAUGUUUGGAAUUAUCAACUUAAUAUGAGUUCUUCAACAUUUUUUCUACAUCCCAAAUUUGAUCCAGAUACGCUUUUCAAUGAUAUAGCCUUAAUUAAACUACCUACAGCCUUAAAAUUUAACAAAAAUGUAAACAAAAUUGAUUUGAUAUCUUCAAAGGAAUCGUCAAACAAUUUUUUGGGUGCACAAGCCAUUAUAAGUGGCUUUGGUAGGACAAGAGAUGCAUAUGUGAACUUAUCUCGCUGGUUACUGUGGGCCACUGUAGAAAUUGUCCCUAAUACGGAAUGUGAUAAGGCAUUUAAGGAGAAAACACCUGAUACUGUUAUGUGUGCAGUAGGCGCGAAUGGUACUAGAAUGUCUGGAUGUGAUGGUGAUUCUGGUGGCGCUCUUGUUUGGAAAAAUUCAGCUAAUAAAUUUGUACAAAUUGGUGUAUAUUCUUAUGCAACGCCAAGAAAAUGUUCAGAAUUUCCUUCUGGCUAUACUAGAAUAACUUCAUUUUUAGAUUUUAUUAGAAAUGUAACGGGUUUAAAGAUUGAUUAAUUUUAAGAUGGAAAUUUCUAAAAGAACUAUAAAGGAAUGAUAUCAAUACAGUUGAAGCAAGAACGAAA